GCAAGUCGAGUGCAUUAGACUCUCGCUUAGCAUUAGAGCAAUAUAGUCUUCAUUAUUAAGGAAAAAUUUAGUUUUAAUAUUUUAAUUUAGAACAGUUAAUCUGAUUUGUAACUUUACAAAAUGUCUAACGUAAAGUUAGCGAUAAGGGUACGGCCAUUUACUGACCGAGAACUAAAAUCGGAAAAGGAUCGAGUGUCAGUCGUUAGUGUUGUCGAUGGCCACACAGUUACGAUAACGAAUAUUAAGGUAAACGUGUCAGGCGCCGGUGACAGUCGCGAGCGUGUGCGCCGCUAUACCGCUGACUACACGUUUGACAGCUCAUGUUGUACCACAGAUCCUGCGUACGCUUCACAGAAGAAGGUAUUCGAGUCCGUUGGUCGUGAGGUAAUGGCGAGCGUGUCUCGGGGUUCCUCCGCCUGUGUCCUGGCUUACGGGCAGAGCGCUACUGGCAAGACUCACACCAUGAUGGGCACGGCGGACCAGCCAGGCCUGAUCCCACGACUAUGUCGCGCGUUUGCUGAGGACGUUCUUGAUGUCACUAUUAGUUUCCUGGAGAUCUACAACGAGCGGGUGCACGACCUGCUGGCCGGGGAGCCGCUACCGGGCCACUCGCUACCGCGCCGGCGCGGCAACGCGCGCAAGGACUUGCGUGUGCGCGAACAUCCUGAGCGCGGGCCGUAUGUGCAGAAUCUCCGUCGUAUAGCGGUGACUGAUAUCACCACUCUUCUAUCUCUGGUGGAAGAAGGGGCAAGAAGACGGCAAACGGCAGCCACUCGGCGCAACUCUACGUCAUCAAGGUCACACGCCCUUCUAGAGCUAGCUACACCACGCGCAACUUUACACCUUGCUGAUCUUGCUGGAAGUGAGAAAGCGAGUUGGGAAGGCUGUGGUGGUGGAAGACAGAAAGAAGGCGCUAACAUCAACAAGUCUCUAGUGGCGCUUAGCAACGUCAUAUCAGCCCUUGUGAGUGGUGGUAGUCGGGGAAGAUUCGUGCCAUAUCGAGAUUCAGCCUUGACGUGGCUUCUUAAGGACUGCUUUACUGGAGGUGCCACCACAUUCAUCAUAGCUACUGUAUCACCAAGUGUGGCCUGCUAUGGGGAGUCAGCAUCCACUCUUCGUUGGGCAGAGAGAGCUCGUCAGCUUCGCACACCUCGGCUCCUUGCUACUGGCCCCAGCACAGCUUCUAAAGCUGCUUUACAAGCGCAGCUCAACCAACUAUUAGCUGAGCUCGAAAGACACCACAUUUUAUAUAAUCUUCAGACCGGGAAGAUAGCUUAUGGCGAUAACCACUGGACACUACAUUCUAAUGCCAUUAAAGUUCAGCUAAGUGAAACUACAAGUAAAGAAGCAACAAUAGGUAACAUACUCAAUAUGUUCCAACCAAAAGCUGACGCUCAGAAUUCUGAGUCAACAGCAUCGUCUGUAGCUAGCGGAAGCUCAGACGUUAUCAAUACAAUGGACAAAAAUCUUAACAUUAAGGAUGAGAUUAGUAAGGAAGUGGAUAAAUUACUCACACCAGGCUUGGAACGAACAAGAAGCGGCAGUGACCUAGGAAUAAUAGCACCAUUGAGACAUAAAAGAAGACAGUACAAGUCCCAAGAAACAUUGCCAAUAGAUAAGUCACUUCACGUGUUUGCUCAGAAUAUUGCAGAGCAUUCACAGAGCCAAAGUCGAGAUGAUAUGAGAGAAACUCAAGAAACAGAUAAACCCAAACAACCUCAAGUACCUAUCAUGUAUGAUAAUCAAAGAGCAGAAAUUGUUGCAUCUGUAACUGAAAGAUUAUAUUCUAAAUUAAAGAAAAAGGAAGAAGCUGCAGUUUCUAAAAUGGAGACAAUGGUAGAUAAAAAAAUUGUAGAACCUUUGAGUGAACUAAGAAUAUGUACAAAUGCUCGACAAAGAUUGAUGGAAAUAAGCCAAAGAGCAAUGAGGCAUAAGAGACGAAUAGGUAUACCAGCACAUACACAGACGCGAAGAACAGUCACAAGAGUUAGAGAUCAAGGAAUUGACGUGCAAACGGAUUUAGAAUCGUAUAUUUUUAGAAAAGAACGUUCCUAUACAGUUCAACGAGACGUGAGUACCGAAACUAUACCCGUGACACCACGUUGUAAAGAAAUAGCUGUUGGGCCCAAAAGUGGAUCAUUAGAUUUUCGAGACAGAGGUACUUUAACUGAAACUAAACAAGUAGUUCAUAGAAAUUCAUUUAUGAUGACAGACGUUGUUGCAAAAUGUGAUCGGUGUUCACAAACACCCAUGCCUCCUCCACGGAGAAAAAAACGCGCGGCAUUUUCAAAAAGAGUAUUAAACAACGAACAUCAUAUAUGUUGCCCUGAAGAAUGUUCUGCGCAACAACCAGUAAUAAGUAUUAAUAUUUCGCAACAAUACCAAGUAGAUUCAGAAUCACAGAGUUCUGAUGAUAAUUUAGAUCGACAUAGUUCAGAUGAUAAUCUAGAAGACAGAAAUCUAUUUAUAAAGCCAGCUACAGUAUCAACGACACCGGAUUUAUUAACAAACCAUAAUAAUGUCGAUACAAGUGUUCAUGAAGAAAGUGAGUCUGAUCACAUGCUGGUACGUGAACCACAAAGUCAAGAAGGCAAUUUAAUGCAAGACACACUUAUUUAUCAAUCACCCGACUCAAAUAAUAAAGAAUUCCCUGAAGAAUGCUUAGAGGAGUGUUCGUUACCACGUGUGGCCGUUGCUUCAGCCAGAACUAUAAAUCAAGAAGAAAUGAAGGAUAUGAUAUUGGGACGUAAUGAAAAUAUGUAUCCUUAUAACAUUAUACUUUCACCGCCUAGAGAAAGGGACGAUUCGAAGAGAAUUGUCAAAUUUGUUGACGAUGACGUCGCCCCAGUGAUAUCUGUAGCCUCACAAACAAGCUUGGAACCAACAGAUGAUGAUGAUGGUAACAAAGUCAAUUUGAUUUCUGAAGCAUCGCAUUCACAUAAAGAAUGUGAAACGAGUAACGGCAAUAAAGACUCGGAAACAUGUUCAGAUUCAACGGAUACAAGUAAAGUUGAAACUGAUUCGUUUAUUUGGAAGAGAUACAACAGAAAUGAAAAUCUCAGCAAUAAACCAGUGGGCAGGGGAUAUACUCCUGUCUACAGGAAUAAUCCGAAAUAUAAAGCUGCUAAAACUAAAAUUUACAGAGAUUUCUUGGGCCUAGAUUACAACACACAGUUCUCGUCACUAACAAACGAUUAUCGCUUGAGCUCCAGCGACAGUACGGAAAACGAAAGUGCUCAGUAUAAAUUUAGACAGCGCAGGCAGUUUUUUGAGGACAAGUUCAAGAGUGUACAGAAUCCUAGCAACAGAUUUGACAUACUUGAAAGAAAUAUACUAGAUUCAUGUAAAAGUCUCGAUACAUCUGUUAAUAAAUAUGAGAAAUAUUUAGCUAAUUAUCAUGAUAAUAAUAGGGUGUUUGUUAAACCUGUAACAAAAACUAGGACACCAAAAGAGUAUUUGCAUCAUCUGGUGCAGUUAAGAAGAGAAAUGAUACGAACGGAGUACGAUACCACGGACAGUUCCAUUGGUAUCUGUCGUAAAUAACUUGCAACUGUUAUGUAAGGCAAUGUAAUAGUAAGCUAUCAAUGUUGUAACUGUUUAAUAAAGUAAUCUUUUUGCUAA